UAGAAGCUCACUUUUUAAUGCCACGUCUGUUUGGUUUUGUUUAGGAUCUUAUUUUUUUCCACACGAUUUUGCAAGUCAGAGGCACUUAUGAAGUGAACUUUAAAAUGGACUCUACUGGACACUGGAAAAAACACACACUUUUAUUGUUUCAUUUUCUGGUGUUUAAUACUACUUCCUCACAUGAGCCUUCACCUGGAGAUACAGUGAAUGUGAGCAGUGAGAGGCAGGAAACGCUUGCCUCCCGGUAUUAUACAUCUGACGGCUUACACUCCCAUAGCAGAUGGCGAACACAGAUUGCUCUCUCCAAAACUGUUUAUUCAUUUGAAGUGAAAGAAGACACAGUACCUGGGACAGUUGUGGGAAAAUUGGAAACCGUGUCGGAGAGUUUCACUCGUAUCACAUACUCAGUGCAGGAGGAUGACGGAGAGAACCUGUUCCUCCUCAGCCCCUUCUCGGGGGAGUUCCUAUUAUCCCGCAGCCUGGAUUUCGAAGCACAAAGAUUCUUCAUCCUCACUUUGGUGGUGCAGCUGGGCAACUCACAGGGAUCCGAUGUCAGGGUGUACUUCAACGUGUUAGAUGUGAACGACAACCCCCCUGUUUUCAGUCAGGAUACCUUUCCUGCGUCACUUCUGGAAGACACUCGGGUGGGCACUUGCUUCCUGUCCUUGGAUGUGUCAGAUAACGAUGAUGGUGACAAUGGAGACUUGAAACUAAGAGUGGUUGGUGGAGAUGAGGAGGAAGUGUUCUUCAUAAACACAGCUGGCGCUUUGUGCCUGAACACAGAGUUAGACAGAGAGAGACAACCCCGCUACGAUCUGAUUGUGACAGCCAAUGACCGUGUCCAGCCUGUGUCGUUACAGUUCACCAGCACGGCACAUGUUAUUGUUGUGGUUGAUGAUGUCAAUGACAACGCUCCAUUGUUUGUGUCAGCCAAAAUAGUCAACAUACCAGAGGACACUGCACUUCAUUCUGUUAUAAUGACUGUGCGUGCUGAGGAUGAAGACAUUGGAUCCAACGGGGAAGUUUUAUAUUAUUUGAACAACACUUCUGGUGGCGAGUUUAGCAUCGAUAACAGGAGUGGAAAAAUAUACCUGGAGGAGGCAUUAGACAGAGAAAAGGUAGAAACCCUGACUAUUACUAUAACAGCCACUGAUGCAGGCUCACCCAGAAUGGCAACCAAUAUGAAUGUCACGGUGCACGUUGAGGACGUUAAUGACCAUGACCCAGAGUUCUCUCAGAGCACCUACAGCGUGACAAUCAGAGAGGACAUCCCCAGAGGAACAAGCCUGUUCCAGGUACAGGCUCUUGAUCGAGACAUUGGGACAAAUGGACAAGUUGGGUACAUACUGACCCAGGAGAGCCCGUUUGUGGCGGACGCGGUUCGAGGUGUCAUCACAGUCAUGGACAAACUGGACAGGGAGAGGGAUUCAAACUACACCUUAAUCAUAACAGCUGUAGAUAAGGGGAAUGCACUCAGAUCUGCCACUGCUGUUGUGAGUAUCACAGUGCUGGAUGUCAAUGACUUUGCACCCCUCUUUACUCCACAAACACUGACCAUGCAUGUCGCAGAGAAUGAUGAGGACCCCGCUCAGCGCACACGUCAGGUAUCAGCUUUGGAUGAAGAUGUAGGCGUCAACAGCCAGCUGACCUAUUUUAUACAGAAAGGAAAUGGUGACGGUUUGUUCUCCAUCACUCCCAGUGGCACGUUACAUAUUUUACAUAGCCUGGACAGAGAGAGGGAAUCAUCUUACUUCGUCAAUAUCGUUGCUGUUGACUCAGGAUUGCCACCUCUAACAGGAACUCUAACCAUACUCGUCAUAGUGGAUGAUGUCAAUGAUAACUGUCCAGAGUUUACUCAGGAAGUCUUCAACACCAUAGUGUCUGAGGACAGCCCCCCAGGCACCGUGUUUGCCAUCAUAACUGCAGCUGACAUUGAUGAGGGAAUCAGUGGGGAAAUAAGAUAUUCCGUGGAGAACCUUAAUGUGCCUUUUGACAUUGAAGAAACAUCGGGAGAGCUGUGUACAACCGAUGUCCUGGACAGGGAGACAGUAGCCCUUUACAGGUUGAUGGUGAUUGGCAGUGAUGGGCAUCCGACUCAUCCUUUGUCAAACUCAGUGCUUGUUAACGUUCUCAUUGGAGAUAUUAACGACCACUGGCCCCAGUUUAUGAACAGCCCCUAUGUGGCCUAUGUGCCCACUGAGAUGGCUCCAGGUUCAGUUGUUUGUGCAGUAAGAGCAACAGAUGGAGAUAUUGACAUGAACGCAGAACUGCUUUUUUCGUUGUUUGGACCAAGUUCAGAUCUGUUUUCCAUCCAUCCACACAGCGGCACUGUAUUCACUUCAAGUGCUCUCUGGAGAACGGAAGAUAUGAUUGUCAGUGUGCAUGUGGAAGAUGCUGGAGAAAAUCCCAAAUCUGACAUCACUACUGUCAGCGUUCGGUUUCAGAACGUCUCUGAGUUUCCAGAGAUGACUGUGGAUGUUCUGAGGGGUUUCCUUCCUGAGGACGAGCCAGUGGGAACAUCAGUUGCGGUUUUCUCUGCGGCGAGCGUCAGAGCUGAUCCAGUCUCCUUUUAUCUGGCUUCUGGAAACUUUGAAGACAUGUUUCAUGUGGAGCAGUUGAGUGGAGCGUUGACGGUGGAGAACCCUCUGGAUUAUGAGAGAAAAAAGGAACUUACCUUGUUAAUAGAAGCCAGAGACUCUGGCUCGCCUCCUUUCUCAUCAUUUGCAGAAAUUCACAUAAACAUCAGUGAUGUAAAUGAUAACUUCCCUCAGUUCACCCAAGCCGAGUACAGGUGUGAAGUUUUUGAGAACUCCCCGCCAUCAUGGGUUUGUGAUGUUCUCGCCAUUGACGCUGACUCAGGCAGUUACGGAGUCAGUGGAGUCCACUGUGAGGAGCACAGUUAUGGCUUUGAGGAGCUGUCCUUCAUGGAGUUUCCCCCGUUGGAUCGCAGGACUAAUUUAAUCUCACUAGAGUUUGCUACAGUGCAGAGGAACUCCCUGCUCCUGUACAACCCUGGAGGACUAUCCAGCAGGGAGUUCAUUGCACUGGAGAUACUGAAUGGGUCCAUCCAUCUCUCUUAUGACCUGGGCUCAGGACCCGUGAGGCUGCAGACACACAAGCAGGUGGCCGAUGGAUAUUUCCAUAGUGUCACUGCCAGGAGGAUUGGGAACAUGGGUUCUUUGCAUGUGGACAACUGCACAGAUAUUGAGAACAAUGGAUUUUGCUUUUCACGGAGUGAUGGCAAUAGCUUAAAGAGAACACUAGAUGUUGGCAGUAAUAUGACGUUCGGAGGAACAAGGACUUUUGAAUCCAUCUUACUGCUUCCUGCUCAGAUAAAAACCCAUGACUUUGUUGGAUGUAUUCGUAACAUUUAUGUGAAUGGCAUCCUGCUGAGCCCUUCAAAGGCCCUUGCAAAAUAUAACAUCCUUGAUAGGUAA